AUGCAAUUUGCAUUCUCUGCUGCAUGGCCUAUGUCUGCUCUAGUUCCAAUUAACUUGAGGGAUAUCACGUUUACAGUAAGAGAUCACCAAUGGACUAACGACACUACGACAAUUCGUCCAGAGUUGCAUUUGAAACACCACUUACCGGUUAUAAUUGGAAUAAUAAUUGGAGCUAUUCUUGUUGCUACAAUAUCGUCUGUCCUCUGUUGCUGUUACAAACGACGCCGCGACAUAAAGCGCUGGAAAAAAGAGGAAGAUCGACAGACACUGAUUGAACUACAAAGUUAUAAAAUACCAUCUACAUGGGACAUGACAGAAAAUGGCACGCGUGCCGUAGUGCCAUUUACAUCAGAUGAAUACAUGUCAAUUUAUACCAGAUUCGAUAAAGUGAUGAAGAAGAACUAUACGCAAAUCAUACAAAUCGAACGAGUGCAGAACGAGCGAUGGUAUAAGCAAUAUACAGCACAUAGUGAAGAUUUUCAAAAACGCCUUGGCAGAAAUACUGAAAAACAACUUUAUCAUGGAUGUACUCAGGAAGCAGCCAACUCAAUUAUCGACAGUUGCUUCAACCGAAGUUUUGCCGGAGUGAAUGGAGUUGUUUAUGGGGUAGGUGUAUAUUUUUCAACGGAUGCAACUUAUAGCCAUAACUACGCUAUACCAAAUCCAAACGGAGAAAGAUGCAUGUUUGUAGCACGUGUCUUGGUUGGCAAUACUAUUUUUGGUAAUAGUUCGAUGAAAACACCACCCGACAACUAUGAUUCAACCACGGAUAAUAAGCACAUAUUUGUUACCUAUCAUGAUGCUCAGGCGUUAGCGGAAUAUUUAAUUACGUACAAGUAG